AUGUCAAAGACGCUGCGAGCUACAUACCGGCCUACGAUCAACGAAGCUACAGCCAACAAGGGCCUCGCGGAACAGCUGCAAACUGCGCGUAACUCUUUCAAUCCGCCGAAGAAGUUCUCGUUCAAGGCACGCAAGAACGCGCCCGCUAGCUCGACAGCUGGUGCAACGGAAUCCUCGAAGCUCGCUACGUCAACCACAGCCGAUGCAUCGAACAGCGCGUCCUUGAGAGUGUCGAAACCAAACGAGAAUGCGAAACAGCCGGUACCUACAGAACACACCGAGGAUAUCGCGGACGGUAUACAAGACGGACCUGGUGUGCGAAGGCCGUCCUUGUCUCAAGCAACCAAGGUCACCAUAACCAACCAUCACAACCUGCACCUGAAGCUACCAGCUGCAGCGUCACAUGCCACAAGCUCAGGCACCAUCUCGAAUUUAAGCCGCUGCGUGAUCGAUCUCUCAGCCGCUACUUCCAACGCGCCAUUCUCCGCAUUAUACCUGAAGAAUAUCAAGGACUCGGUCAUAAUAUGCGGCCAAGUCGCAGGCGCCGUUCACAUCACAGAUGUUGAGAAUAGUGUCCUCGUGGUACCAACAAGACAGUUCCGCAUGCACGGCUCGAAGAAAGUCGACAUAUACCUGCACUCGGCAAGUCGGCCCAUCAUCGAAGAUUGUGAAAACGUGCGGUUUGCGCCCAUGCCAGACAUGUUUGCUAGUCCAGCCACCUUACAAAGCGCGAAUCACUGGAGCGAGAUUGAUGACUUCAAGUGGCUGAAAGUCGAGGCGAGUCCGAAUUUCAGCUUGCUUGCUGAAUCGGAGCGCGUCAGCGAGGAAGUGUGGAGGGAUAAGGUGGUGGACAGCGAGGAUCUCGAGGAUGUGCUGAGGGUAUUAGAGAUUCAGUGA